AGAGGAACGGCCAUUGAAAGAAACGCAGCACGGUUUCCAUGGAACGAUUAUCUCGCGAGAUGGAAGCUCGAAAUCGAUUGUGAAAUACGUUCGUGGUUCGAUUCGUGUGAAGGAUAGAACCGCGUGUGUGCGAUCUGUAAUUACCACAGAGAUCGGCGAAUACUCGAGAAAUGGUGUAUCUAGGGGAUUUAGUCGCCAUUAUGGAGGAACGUGACUUUGACAGGGACGCCAUCGAUCUGGACUCGCUGGAGUCCGAGGCUAUACAAUUGUCAUCGUGUCCAAAACAGUUGGAUCUCAGCAACGGGGGCCUGUCAAGGAUUCCCGACAGUGCUGUAGCAUUUCCGGCGAUAGAAGAGGUCGUAUUAAGCCAAAAUCAACUUACGAACACGAACAACAAUCUGACGCUGCUGCACAGGUUCCCUAAACUUCAUAUCCUCCACCUGGAAAGCAACGAGCUGAGGAGAAUACCACGGGAAUUGCUGGAGCUCACGGGGUUGACCUACCUCAAUCUCUCAGACAACAAAAUCGAGAAAAUUCCAGCCGACAUAAGCCAGCUUAUCAACCUCAAAGAACUGAUCUUGGAUCGUAAUGGGAUCAAAGAGCUGCCGCACGAGCUCGUGCAGCUGAAGAACUUGAGAAACAUUUCCUUAGCUGGAAAUUGCCUCAGCAGUUUACCAUCUUUCUUCAACAUGCGUGCUCUCACGCUAACGGACGUUUUGUCAAAGACUGAGCAUAACAAAAGUUGCAAGGAUGAGAAGAAUAAUCCGAAUAAUUUGUAUAAGGUCAACCUGCGAAAUAAUCAAUUGAAGGGAAACAUCAUACUUGGAAACUAUGGAAAUUUAACGCAUCUAGACGUCAGUGAAAAUAGCAUUGAGAAAUUGGACAUCAGUGCUCUUCAAGAAUUGAGAAGCGUUCGUUGCGCGCGAAAUAUUUUAACAGAACUGACAGUCUGCGGGAGAAAUAUUGUUUCUCUUAUUGCUGGAAACAACAAAUUGAAAAAGUUAACUAUUGAGCCCGUGCCUGUGAAUCUUGAACAUCUGGAUGUUUCUUACAAUAAUUUAGAUGCAUUGCCAGAAUGGAUACCGGAUCUGCCCUUGUUGCGCGCACUUUUUGCAUCUCACAAUGCUUUAACAGCCCUCCCAGACAGACUACUAACGCAGCCAUCGAGACUGGAAGUCCUUCACUUACCCCACAAUAGACUGCAAGCUCUUCCACCACCCCGAAAACCACUAAACAUCGUUCACUUGACGCUGCAAGACAAUGCACUGACAGCAUUACCAACGAGUUUCUUCAUCAACACAGAAAAAAUGAAAGUGCUGAAUCUGUCCAAUAACCGACUAUCAGAGCUCCCACACUUAGGAGAAGCAAACAAAACUCGGCACAGCAAUCACAACUUGGAAAAACUAUAUCUUACUGCAAACUGUUUAACAGACACUGCUUUAGAUACUCUUUCAAGAUUAUCCUCUUUAAGGGUUCUUCAUAUCGCAUACAACACAUUGGACACACUGCCAGAAAGUUGUAUAGCAUCAUGGAGAGAUUUAGAAGAAUUAGUAUUAUCUGGAAAUCGUCUUCAGUAUCUACCAGACAAUGUAGCCAAUUUGCGGCAUUUACGCGUGUUGCGUGUCCAUUCCAAUCGGCUUUUAACUUGCCCAACAUUUAAUAAAACAACGUCGUUAAAGGUAUUGGAUUUAGCCCAUAACCAAUUAGACAGAGUAAACUUGGCUACCCUAGUGCCACCACAGCUUCAAUUUCUCGAUAUAUCCUGCAAUUCAAGACUCCACGUAGACCCUAGACAAUUUCAAGUAUACAGAUCUCAGCGACCAAUAUCACUAGUUGAUGUGUCAGGUCAAAAUAGACCAAGUCUACCUUCUCACCCUCAUCAACAAGAAAUCGUGUCCGCAGAAAAAGGUUCGGAACAACCAUGGAGACUAGGAUUCUCAGAAACUGCAGGAUCUAGAGAAAGAUUGUACGUAUCGCAAGUUCGGAUGCCGUCGUUCUGCAAUGUGGAAGGCCUGUUCGGUAUAUUCGAUGGCGGUUCAAAUCAGGAAGCGCCGAGCGCUCUCCAGGAAAUGAUCCCACGUCUUUUACUGGAAGAGAGAACCGUUCGGGAAACGUCGAAAGAAUACUUAAAGUACACGUUACUGUCCGCCCAUAGGGAGUUAAAGGAAAAAGGGCAAAAAUACGGGAUUGACGCGACUUUGGUGCACAUUGUUAGAAUUCAAUCGCAACAAGGAUAUCCAAAAGCAGCGACGAAAUAUUCUUUGAAAGUAGCUACCUCGGGAGAUGCAAAGGCAGUUCUUUGCAGAGCAGCUGGCCCUUUAACUUUGGCACCACCUAAGAAAGUUCCUGUGAAAAAUCAAUUAGGCAAUGCUGCCAUGUUUCCUCUGGUGGUUCCUGAUCCAACGUUCGAGGAAGUAGACUUAGAGGAUGAUGACGAAUUUGUGAUAAUCGGCAACAGAAGAUUAUGGGAGGUGUUGAGCAUUCAGGAAGCUGUUCGAGAAGCCAGGGCAGAGGCUAGUCCUGUUUUAGCUGCCAAAAGGCUUCAAGAUCUAGCGCAAGCUUAUGGUGCAGAAGAUAAUUUGAGUAUCGUAGUAGUGCGAUUAACAGGACCUAAUCAAGGCGAUCUGGAUCAAUUGAUGAGGGAACUGAGACAUGCAGUCGGCAAGAAUAGAGGUCAAACCGAGGCAGGAUGUCCUUGCCCUUGUUGCGUGCCACCGGCUGCUCAUAAACCACCGGGACCUUGCUGUUGUCAUGCGAACGAAGGCUAUUAUUUGAACGGCGUGUUGAAAAGCAUAGUGAAUAGGUCAAACAAAGCUCACAACGGAUCUGGUAGGUAUUUUAAGAACCGUCGAUCGACGCAGGAGAAUGAAAGUCCGCCAUACAAAGAUGAUAGAAGUUCGCCAAGUGGUCAGUCUGAUCAAGCUAGCGAUAGUACUUUCAAAUCGAGACAUCCUUCCGGUAGAGUCUGGCCUGGAAGUGCUGCUUCCAGAGCCACGAACAAAGCUCGACAAAGUGUUUUCGUGAACGAAAGUGGCACAAGAAAGGUUUCAACUUGUUUGACUGCACAAGAAGACACUGUAUCCGAAAGAUCUGGAGCCCUUAGCGAGGAACAGUUCCGUUGUUGGGAAUACAUGCUGGAACAAAAUACUCAGCUCUUGUUCGACAAGGAAUUAGAUACUUUAACGAGGACCCCUUUACGACGAGGUCAAUCGAGAUCCACACCUCAAUUAGGCAGCAAUUUGCCUUUUCUGUCGAAGAGGUUUGGAAGUGCCAGAUCCUUUAAUCCUUCUCUACCGAGGCCACCCAUCGUACGAUUCGGUAGCGGAAGACGAUUACUGAACGGAGGUCCGAACGCGGCUUACUUUGGUAGCCUGCAGAGACUGAUGCCGUAUAAUCUCGAGUACGAUUUCGCCGUUAUUCAAGAAAGGAACGGAUUAGACUCCUUGGAGCAAGAUGCGACAAGAAUGCAACAAUAUUGGGGAGUAGCUACGACUGAAUUGUGA